AUGGCGGAGGCGAGGAGGAGCGUGGUGGCGCUGCCGGAGGAGUGCCUCAGCCACGUCAUCUCAUUGACCUGCAGCCCGCGCGACGCAUGCCGCUCGUCCACCGUGUGCGGGGUGUUCCGCGGCGCCGCGGAUUCGGAUCUGACGUGGGACAAGCUCCUGCCGUCCGAUUACAGGGAGAUCAUCUCGAGGUCGGUGUGCCCGCCGGAGUUCGACUCCAAGAAGGACCUCUUUGUCAAGCUCUCGUCAGCCCCGCUACUCAUCGACGGCGGCCGCAAGACAUUUUGGGUGGACAAAUAUACCAACAAGAGAUGUUACAUGUUGAGUGCAAAAGAGCUUUCAAUCACGUGGGCCACCAAUCCCCUGUGCUGGUGCUGGAAACCCACCCACCACCUGUUCCCGGAGGCGAUCGAGCUCAUAUCGGUGUGUAGGCUCGAGAUAAUCGGAAAAUUCAACACAAGUAUGCUGUCCCCAAACACGAUCUAUGGGGCGUACCUCGUUGUUCAGCUGACCGGCCGUGCUUUCGGGCUGACGGCCUCGCCUUUCGAAGUCUCGGUCCAAGUUGGGGACUACAAAACGAGCGCAAGGUUUUACCUGAAGAGCCACGACGAGUGCAAGAGGCAGGGGUCUGACGUGUCGCCGGCACACGGGGAAGAGCGGGCCCUCAGCCCACGUGGCGACGGCUGGUCGGAGAUAGAAUUGGGGGAGUUCUACUGUGGUGGGGCGCAUAGAGAGGUGAAGAUGGAGUUUAAGGAGGUGAAGAGCGAGCACCUCAAGGGAGGGCUUCUUGUGGAGGGCAUUGAGCUAAGGCCAAAGCAUCUCUGA